CAGGUUUCUUCUUACUCCUCACUCCACUGCAGCUCAUUGAUCAGCAGGAACCGAGUAAUCAUUCCUCAGAGGGACCUGACGAAGCAGCUGUGAUGCUGGCAACAGAACGCAGCCUCGCUGGAUGGCGGAAGUGGGACUGAAGAAGGUUGACUCCAAAGCAGCUUUCCUGAAAACUCGGCAUCACACACUGUCAAUAUAUCCCAUAGGGGUGUGGCCAACGCAGUGAACAUUUGGAAAGUUCCUUAAAAAGGCUCAAGAAGCCACUGGAAUGCUUCAAGCAGGAGAAAAUGAGAAGAAAGACCAGAAACUUCAAACCUAAGACAGUUAAAGACAGUAAAACCCUCUCAGACCUGACUGACCAAGAAUCUGAAAAAGACGACAGCCAGCACUGUGACUCUCCAACAUAUGAGAGGGUUCGGGCUGCAAAGAAACAGUAUGUAUGUGCCGAGUGUGGCAAAGCCUUUAGUCAGAACGCAAACCUCACAGUACACGAGCGAAUCCACACGGGGGAGAAACCAUACAAGUGUAAGGAUUGUGGAAAAGCCUUCAGUCACAGCUCCAACCUUGUUGUUCACCGAAGAAUCCACACCGGCUUGAAGCCCUACACGUGCAGUGAGUGUGGGAAAUGUUUCAGUGGUAAGUCACACCUCAUUCGGCACCAGGGAAUCCACAGUGGGGAGAAAACGUAUGAAUGCAAGGAGUGUGGGAAGGCCUUUAGUCGCAGUUCAGGACUGAUUUCACAUCACAGAGUUCACACUGGAGAGAAGCCUUACACCUGUCUUGAGUGUGGGAAAGCCUUUAGCCGGAGUUCAAACCUUACGCAACAUCAGAGAAUGCACAAAGGAAAAAAAGUUUACAAAUGUAAGGAGUGUGGGAAAACCUGUGGUUCUAAUACAAAGAUUAUGGACCACCAGAGAAUUCACACUGGGGAGAAGCCUUACGAAUGCGAUGAGUGUGGCAAAGCUUUCAUCCUGAAGAAAACCCUCAGUGAACACCAGAGACUACACCGUAGAGAGAAACCCUAUAAAUGUAGUGAGUGUGGGAAAGCUUUCACGUCUAACCGAAACCUGAUUGAUCACCAGAGAGUCCACACUGGAGAGAAACCUUACAAGUGUAACGAAUGCGGGAAGACCUUCAGGCAGACAUCUCAAGUUAUCCUACAUCUGAGAACCCACACUAAGGAGAAGCCGUACAAAUGUAGCGAGUGCGGGAAAGCCUAUCGUUACAGCUCACAGCUUAUUCAACACCAGAGGAAACACAGCGAAGAGAAAGAAGCCUCCUAACU